AUGGACGGAUCGGGAUUGCGCCGGGGCGCGCUCCCCGGGCAGCUCUACAAUGAGCGCGCCUUCGACGAGCAGGACGCUGUAACGGACGAUGAUGACGACAAGAUGUCGAUGUCACGCCCGUUCUUCGGACCAACGGCAUCUGCUAACCGAGGCUCGGCUCCCUACGGACUUGCCACGCUGAUCAGCGCAAAUGGCAGAGAUGCGCCUUCGCUGGCGGACGACGGCAGCAGCCCCGCAAGCUUCGCGGAGAACAUUGGCAACACCAUAGCGAGCAAGUGGCAUCUGUUCCGGAGCACGAUCUCUGGCACCAUCCCGUCAGACACGCCAAAGAGCGACCUGGCGGCUCACUACGUGUCCGAUCAAUCGUCUUCCAGUCUAUUUGGGCAAGCAGGCGGCUUCGUAAGUUUCAGAUCACCCUCAUCGCUGUUCGGCAGCACGUUGUCAUGGUUGUGGAGGUCGUCUAUGAUGGUGCUCUCUGUCGGCCAAUGGCUGCUGUUGCAGGUGCUCGGUAUUGCAGUGGGUGUGAUUCUCACAGGCUUGAUAAUCUCCGCCAUCACCGGGCUCCUAAUGGGCGGUGAUCAUGAUUUCGGACAUGUGACCCCUAAGGAGAGGCAGGAACCGAAGAACACGAAGGCCCCGCCACCCCCGCCGCCUCCAUCAAGGCCGCCAGUGAUGCUGGAGCGCGUCUAUUUCAAGGACAUCCUGGGCAUCGAUGAGGCUAAGGAAGAGCUCACUGAAGUUGUCAAGUUCAUCAAACACCCGAAGUUGUACCAGGAUAUCGGAGCCAAGAUACCUAAAGGAGUGCUGCUAGUCGGACCGCCUGGCACCGGUAAGACCAUGCUGGCCAAGGCCGUCGCGACCGAGGCCAACAUACCGUUCAUCUACACCAGCGGACCGGAAUUCGUGGAAAUAUUUGUCGGCCAGGGUGCCCAACGUGUCCGCAACCUGUUCGCAAAGGCACGCAAACAGGCUCCCUGUAUAGUUUUCGUGGACGAAAUCGACGCCAUUGGUGCGAAGCGCACGUCCGGGUCGAUGAGCGGCCAGAACCGUGAACACGACCAGACGCUGAACCAGCUGCUCGUAGAGAUGGACGGGUUCAACAUCUCCACUGGCAUCACGGUCCUCGCCGCCACCAAUCGCAUGGAAGCCCUCGACCGCGCGCUUCUGCGCCCUGGCAGAUUCGAUCGUGUAGUUCACAUCCCGUUGCCGUCGCUAGAUGGGCGCGAAGCCAUCCUCCGCCGCUACCUAUCGGAUGUAAAGUACGACAAGGAGGGGGUGGACAUCCGCGCGCUGGCGAAGCUCACCCCGGGUUACUCCGGUGCUGACCUAAAGAACCUCGUCAACGAGGCUGCCCUGAUCUGCGUCAGAAACGGGCGCACACUCGUGGCCACUGAGGACCUCCAAGAAGCUCGCGACAAGGUUGGCAUGGGAUCUAAGCGCAAGACUACCCAGCCGGAACUGCAGCGACGCAUGACCGCUUACCACGAGGCAGGUCACGCACUCGUCGCCUACCACCUGUAUCCCCAUACCGACCCGAUACACAAGGCCACCAUCAUCCAUCGGGGGUCCGCGCUGGGUUUCGUGGAGCAGCUGCCGGAAGGCGAGCGCCACAGUUACAAGCUUGCGCAGAUGAAGGCCAGGUUAGCAGUGUGCAUGGGGGGACGUAUCGCUGAGGAGCUCGUGUUCGGCCGCCAGAAUGUGACGUCCGGGGCGUCGAGCGAUAUCACCGCGGCGUCUGAACUGGCUUACCGCAUGGUCACCGAGUGGGGUAUGAGCCCUCGCCUCGGCCCUGUCAACCUCAGGCGCAUCGGAGGCAUUCAGACCCCCCACGGAACCCGCAAGCUCUCGCACGACACGGCUCAAAUUGUGGAGAAGGAAGUGGAACGACUGGUGGAUGAAGCCCAUCACGUAGCGUCGUCGAUCAUUAGGCGGCACCGGGAUCAGCUGGAGCGCAUAGCUGAACGUCUGCUGGAGGAGGAGACGUUGACCGGGGCUCAGAUCGACGAACUUAUACGUGGCACUAAAACUGCCAGUGCCGCUUGA